AUGUCUGUGUUCUGUUCUCUCGAAGAAUUCCUCUCUUAUCACUUUGACUUUAUUAUUUGUGGUGUGCUGGAAGCCGGUGAGAACAAGUUGGAUGAUCCUAUGGUCAACAUUCCAAACCUAUUCCCACAAACGCAGUUCAACCCCAGCUAUGACUGGAUGCUAAAGAGCGUUCCUCAAGUUCAUGCAAACAAUCUAGAGUUCGCUUUGCCCCGUGGAAAAGUGUUGGGAGGCACCAGUGCCAUAAAUUACAUGCAGUACAGCAGACCACUCCGCUCCGACUUCGAUGAAUGGGCGGGUUAUGUUGGCUCGGACGAGUGGUCUUGGGCCAAAAUGAUGCCAUAUUUUAUAAGAGCUGAGCAUUUGGAGGGUGAAGGGUACCCAACGACAUGUCUUGCAGCGCAUGGGACCGCUGGGCCAAUCCACACCAGCUCCACAAGGUCCCAGAUUCCUAUUGAAAACACCUUUCUGGAUGCGUUUCGAGAAGUUGCUGGGUUCGAUUCAAAAGCGCAAGAUGCCACCAACGGGACACAUGAUUCGUUUUAUACAUCUCUUUCCACCGUCAACCGCUCCGAUCGCAACGGAACACGCAGCUACGCAGCUUCCGGAUACAUUUCACCUUACUUGCAGCGAACGAACCUCAGAAUACUCACUAGCGCCAACGUCGAGUCUGUGAAGUUUCAAACAAACAGCUCCCAGUUUGUGGCGGAUGGGGUUCACUUUUGGCAUUCAGGAGCCAGGUACACAGUAAACGCCAGGCGAGAGGUCAUUCUCAGCGCAGGCGCCUUCAAGACCCCCCAGAUUCUUGAACUAUCAGGGAUCGGAAACCCUAAAGUUCUCGAGGCUGCUGGAAUGGCCUGCUUGGUACCGAAUACUUUCGUCGGUGAAGAUAUGCAAGACCACACUGCGUUCGCCACGACGUUCGAACUAGCGCCGGGAGGCUUUUCCAUCGACGCCUUUGCAGACCCACUUGUCGUUCAAGCCGUCAUGGAAGAAUAUCAACGCACGGGAGGUGGCCCUCUCGCCAGUCCUCCCUCGGGCAUGGGUUUUCUCAGUUACUCGGCCCUGGCGUCCCCCGACGGCCUUGCUACCACCCUCGACGCAGUACGAAAGGUUGAGGGUUUGAGAAGACCUCUGACAGCGGCCCAACAGCUCAGGGCAGUCAACAGGCUGAGUGACGCCCGCGCAGGCGCCAUACAGAUCCUCUUCAUUCCAGGAAAUAUUGACACUGCUGAAGGACGCGAGGACCAAUCCAAAUUCAUUCGACCAGCAGCCGGUGGAAACAAUCAUGUGACGGCAAUAACAGCCUUUCAAUAUUCAUUGAGUCGCGGGAGUGUCCACAUCACAGGCACUGGCGCCCAGGCUCCACCCGCGAUCGACCCGUCCUUCUUAUCACAUCCGGUGGAUGUCGAGGUGUUGCGCACCACCCUGGAUUUCCUGACCAAGGUCGUGGAGUCAGCAGCUGUCAAGGACCAGCUCAAUCCAGGCUUCAACCUUGCUGAAAAGGUUGGACUUGGAGACCGAGACCGUGAGAUAUCGUACAUCCGCAACCACGUCGGGACAGAGCAUCACCCCAUCGGCACCGCCGCCGUGGGAACUGUAGUCGACACGGAUCUCAGAGUAAAGGAUGUGGCCAAGCUGCGGUGCGUAGACGCAAGUAUCAUUCCCAUUCACAUGAGCGGAAACCCGAUGGCGAUGGUGUAUGCAAUAGCGGAAAAGGCAGCGGAUCUGAUACUGGGUGCUGUUCAAGAGUGCUAA